ACAAUUAUUCUUGAUGUUGUUCCAUUCAAAUGUUAAAGCAUUUUUUUCGUAUUUCCUUCGGUAUUCCCUUUCCUUUGUCACGUAAGGACUUCUUCAAAGUGUGUUGUAUUGCGUCAUAAAAGUGUAAUUGGUUAAGAUUUUCGUAAAAGUAAACAAUUUUAUCGAGUUUAUUGUGUCAGAGUCGAUUUGAUCUUGACAUUUUCUGAUAAAAAAAAUCUUUUUUUGCUGUGAUAAGUGUAAAAAUAAUCAAACAAAAGCUAGAAACCCGUUCGCACAAAUAAAAAUUCAUUCCGAAAAUCAAUGUUAUUGAUUCAACAAACAUUCAAAUAUUGAUUCGAGAGCCUCUCGUCGUGUUUGGAUGACGAUGAGUCAAGCAUCUCGACUUAAGCUUGUUCAGGAGUCACGAGCUUAUUUUGUUAAUAAUUUUCUUUUACUUUCGCAAUUUUAUUUUAUGCAAUUCCUUUUUGUUUAUAAGUUCCAUGCGGUGCCAUUCUAUGCAUUAUGAAUCAGAACAAUGACGAAUUUCGAAAACUACAAUCAAUACUAGAUGAGAAGGAACGCGACUUAUUACUUUCUGCAUCAAUUGGAAAAGAACUUUUAGAGAAAAAUAGUAAACUUGAAGAUAAGAUUAUCGAUUUGGAGACAGAACUGCGAGGUGCUAACGAGAAUCUCGAACAGAUAUCGUAUCAAUUAACUCAAAAGAAUGACCUCAUCAAUAUUUUAACAAGCGACGAUGAAUGCAGAAGUGAGAAUGAAAGAGAAGAUUUUAACGAUUUAAAUUCUUUAGCAACUCCAACAACAUCAAAGUCCAUCAACUUAGAACUCAUGCAGAGAAAAAUCACAACGCUGGAGGAAGAAAAUAAAGCACUUCGGACUGAGGUCCAACAAAUCGUGCAACAGACCGAUGAAGUUGAAGAAACAGAAAAAAAAAUCAUCGAUGAUUUAAGUCAUCAAUUGAACAAUCGUAGCAUGGAUCUUGAGAGUCUCAGUUCAGAAUUAGAGCGUUAUAAAGAUGAGAAUCGUUUGCAAUAUGAUGAAAUUUCGACAUUAACGAAACGAGCAGAUGAAGCUGAAAUGAGACUUCAUCAAUUAACAUCGGAAAAUGAGGAAACUUCGUCACUUUUAUGUAUCACCAAAGAAAAUCAAGAUCUUCUUGCACAUGAACUUGCAGAAUUUAAAUCGAGAUAUUACGAGACGCUCGCUUUACUUCGUGAAACUCAAGAACAUUUACGAACACUAAUGAAAAAAUCCCAACCAUGUGCAAGAAGUUCGUUCAUUCCCGGAAUUGGCAGCAACAAUUUCUAUCCAAUCGAUUCAAUUCAUUCAGAAAUUCUCGACAGUCUCGAUUCUGGGAUUAUUUCCGAUCACACAACAGCAACGACAAAAACUUACAAAAAUGUUUGCGACACAAUGAAAUUUGUUCAGAAUUCGGCUAAAGAUAAGCAACAAUCAUCAGUUGCUGAUGAGAUGUCAGCUAUAGGAUCAAUGGCGAUGAGUAGCAUGUCAAAACAGCCCAGAAUGUCAAGUUUCACUUCUUCGUCUUCUUCAAAAAUUAUUUCUGAACCUUUUUGCAGUACAAUUUAUGGAUCUCCAUGGCCCCGAACUGAAACAAAUGCUAAUCAUGAAGAAAUUUAUCCAGCAAAAUCUCAAAUUGGCGUUCCAGGCUGUCCCGGUGCGAAAGAUCUUGAAGAAGCUUUAAAAAGAUUAAAUUCAAGUGAAAUUCUUUCACGUCGCGCAAUGCUGUCAAAUGCACCCGAUGGAACUUUUUCUUAUGAUGAUCAACCGACUUGCCGAACACCUGAAUCAAUCUUUUCAACACUUUCGGCUGAAACCGGAAGCGGAACUUCUUCAACAACAGCACAAUGGAAAUUGCCAAAGAAAUUAGAAAUUAUUAAACCAUUGGAAGGAAGUCAAACGUUGAAUCAUUGGAGUCGAUUAGCGACACCAACAAUGGGAAGAUUGCUAGAAGAUAAUGAAAGGAUUAAAGUGAGAGGUGAAAAACGAUUAGAAGAACUUGGACUUCAAAUGUAUUCGUUGUCUGAUGUUGAAGAAGACACAGAUGAAUAUCCAGGAAAGCAAUUUGAAUCGUCAACAUGUGUUUACACUUUUACAAACAGCACAGUUAUGCAUCCAGACGAUGGAACGUCAAGUAUCUCAUUUAGUCUGCCACCUUCACAGAUCUCAUCAAGAAUGCAAUCAACCGUCACUUCAAGACAACCAACAGCUCCACCCACGCCUAGAAAUCUUUCACGUCGUAAUUCUUGUAGCACUUUUUCAGUGAAUAUGGGACUUGCUUCAGUGCUUAACGAGCGAGGAAUUAAAGCUGUUACUCCAAGUGCUUUAAAUACUCCUUCAGGCCCGAACUUUUCUCCGACUGUCACGCCAUGUAAUUCACCGACGGAAGGAAAUUCACCUACACGAUCUUUAUCGCCAGAGCCUGGAACUUCUGCCUGUAAUAGUAAUAAGAACAAAAAUGCAUUUAUUCAGUUAGAGAAGAAAGCAUUACGAUCCUUGAUGCUUCUUGAGAGAGUUGAGACGUUGGGUUUGGAGAAUAUUGUAGCGCCGUCACGUCGUGUUAGUCCAUUAGCACUUUACAGUUCGAACAUUUACAGUUCACGGUCGAGUCCAAUGGCGCAACUAACAAGUUUAAGAAAAUUAACCGAGAAUCGAUAUUCCGACGAAAAUUUGAAAUCUCAUGUCUCGCCGUCGAGCAAUGAAAGUCAAGGAGGUGAUUUGAAGAAACAUUCUGAUCGAAAGAGUCGCGUAAAUCGACAAAAGUCACGACGUCAACUGAUAAAUGGACAUUCGGGGCAACGACAAGAUCUGGGAACAGUCAAUACUCGUCCUGACUUGGGAAAAGUUGAGAAUGAGAGAAAUGAUGAAAAAUCUUUGGUCGAAGGGUUUGUUGGUUCAAUUUCUAGUCUUCUGUUUGGACGUAAAGGCGGCUUAUUGUAAAAAAAAUAAUUCUAAGAUGAUAAAGUUUGUUUUGAGUAGAAGAUUCAACACCGUGAGAAUUUCGGUGUAAGUCAUUUGAAAAUAUGUAGAUAUCCACUAACAUUCUGCAAAAGUUAAUAAAUUAUUCCAUAAAAAAGUAUUUGAGAUGAAAAAAA